GCGCGCGCCUCCGUUUGACGUCAUCACGUUUCCGAGGAGACAGCCCGGCCCAACCGGAAGACAACAGAUUUUUCUGUUGUUGUUUUAUCUCUUUGAUGCGAUGCAAAUUUGCCAGUUUUAACGCCGAGUGUUGACGUUAGUCGUGAGGUAGAGACAUAAAAUGCCUUUGUUUGAUGGAUUGGGGAGCGGAGGAGAGAAGACUGCGAUCGUCAUUGACCUGGGAGCAGCGUACACGAAAUGUGGCUUUGCGGGGGAAACGGGACCCAGGUUCAUCAUUCCGAGCGAAAUCCGGAAACCAGGACAGCAACAGGCCGUCAAAGUGGUUCAGUACAACAUCAACACAGAAGAGCUUUAUGUCAUCCUCAAAGAGUUCAUCCAUUUGCUGUACUUCAGGCACCUGUUGGUGAACCCUCGCGACAGAAGAGUGGUCAUCAUCGAGUCCAUCCUCUGUCCGUCUCACUUCAGGGAGACGCUCACCAAGGUUUUCUUCAAACAGUUUGAGGUGCCCUCUGUGCUGUUUGCCCCCAGUCACCUCAUGGCCAUCAUGACUUUGGGCAUCAACUCUGCUCUGGUGAUGGACUGUGGCUACACUGAGACGCUGGUCCUACCUGUUUACGAGUGCACUCCUAUUCUGCCAGCCUGGGAGGCUUUGCCUUUGGGAGGGAAAGCCAUCCAUAAAGAAUUAGAUGGACUUCUUGUGGAACAGUGCACCGUGGACACAGACAGCACCACCGGGCAGAGUGUACCAGCUGUCAUUGGAACCAUCCCAGAGGAGACCGUAGAGGAUAUCAAGGUCAGAACAUGCUUUGUCAGUGACCUGCAGAGAGGCCUCAAGAUCCAGGAGGCCAAGUUUAACCUGGAAGGUACAGCUGAGCGUCCAGCCCCUCCUCCAGAUGUCGAUUACCCUCUGGAUGGUGAGAAAAUCCUGCACGUCAAAGGAUCAAUCAGGGACUCUGUGAUGGAGAUCCUGUUUGAACAGGACAAUGAAGAGAAGAGUGUGGCCUCUCUGAUACUUGACGCUCUGGUCAAGUGCCCCAUCGACGCACGCAAGGUCCUUUCUGAGAAUCUGGUGGUGAUCGGAGGCACAGCCAUGCUGCCCGGUUUCCUGCACCGGUUGCUGGCUGAGAUACGCCUCCUGGUGGAGAAACCCAAGUACAGCAACGUGCUGGCCAGCAAGAGCUUGCGUAUACACGCUCCACCUGCCAAGCCCAAUUGCACCGCCUGGCUCGGAGGUGCUAUCUUCGGGGCACUGCAGGACAUCCUGGGCAGCAGGUCGGUGUCACGAGACUACUACAACCAGACAGGCCGCAUCCCAGACUGGUGCUGUUUGAGCUCCCCUCCUCCUGAAUCCCUCUACGAAGCAGGAAAGACCCCUCCUCCACUCAUGAAGAGAGCCUUCUCCACAGAGAAGUAAAAUGUGCCGUAAGACAUUUCAAACCCUGUACUCUCGUUUAUUCUAACCGAGAGAACAAGUUCAGUAAUCUUUAAAUGUAACAUCUUGUUCACGUAUUAACUCCACAAACAGCUCCAGAUGUUUGUAACGUCUAAUAGUCACACCUGCGUUUUUGUAUGCACUGAUUGUGGACUGUUUGAUGAUCAGGCGAGCUGGUUUCUGACCUUACCAGACAGAACAGAUUACGUUGAUGUUAUUCAGAGAUUGCAGUGUUAAAAUUUGAAAAAGUUCCUGUGCUACUUUUAGCCAUGUCUUCUUUCAUUUGAAGUCUUAUUGAGCAAUACGCUGAACUUGUACGUGCUCACGCUGGCUCCACUCUGGAUUUUUUUGACAUCACUUUCACUAGGAAUGUUUCCAAUAAUGACCAAGUUGAGCUUGACUCACCCAUUUAUCAGAAAAACAACAGAACAUAUUGCUAAACUUUGGAGAAAACAGAUGUUAUACCAGUGUAAUGUAUCAAAGUGUGGAAAUCUGAUGGAUUUUAACGGUAAUGGCCCAUGGUGUCUCACUUAUUUAUUGUUUGGACUUAAUAAAGGCCAUACUCCCCUCA